AUGAUCUCGCAGGCCCUCCUGUCCGCUGUCGAGCGCGACUUGGCCGCCGCGCGUCAGUUGGUGUACUUUCACGCCGACCUGUACGCCGAUGAGGAAGAGGCAGACAAGAAUGGGGACCCUGUGGCGCGGUUCCGUCACCCCCCAGCGUCGUUGAACGGGUUGCACGGCGGUUCAACGACAGUUACCAAUGCUGGGUGUUCUCGUGCGGUGCUCUCAAACCCCGUGCCGCGACCGCGUCAAGGGACCUGUGCGGUACUGAUGGAGCUUUCUCGGCCGCUAACGUGGCUCUCGCAGCGCGGUCGUCAUCGCGGCCGAGGCGCAGGCGUCGGCGCAGCGGCUCGCACUGGUACCGCCACCACCACCACGCCGUCUGCUACGAGCAGUCACGUGAAUCAUGUGAGUGCAAGAGGGGGUCCCGGCAUGGGUGAGGUUGGUGGCCGGAGCGGCCCCACCGUAAACAACAGCAGCAGCACCAGUGCCUCUGUUGCUGCAACAGAGAGCAACAACCCCCACAUGAGAAGCGGCAACCUUGUGAGUGGCACGGGUGCCUUGUCUGCCGUGCACGAGAACAGCUACGCUCCCACCAGCAACGCUGGUGUUGCUGCUUCCUCGCUAUCUGGCGCUGCAGAGGUGCCGCUCCUCGUCGCCACCGUGGCCCUUGAAGUUGUCUUCCCGGCGCGCUAUCCAAGCGAGCCAUGUCAGUGGCAGCUGUUCGAGGAAGCCUCCUUCGGCGAUGUGGGCGACCAUUCGACCUCCUCCUGGGCCGUCACGGCGGAUCAUCACCGCGGCAGUACAACCGGUGGAAGCAGUGGUGCCACGUCCAAGUCUCAUCACCUACGCGGAAGCAUGGCAAGUCCGGUAGGGUGCCGCAGUAGCUCCACCGCAUGGAACGCCGGCGGCGUGGCGGAAGACGGGGCAUGCGGAGCGUCUGGUCGGGGCGACACGUCUUCCCCCUCCAGCAACCACGGCAAGGUGGGAGGCACCGACACGGAGGCGUCAACGCUCACCGCCCUCGUCGUGUCGGAUGUGGGCCGCCGUAUGCUACGAUGGAUUACCGAGGCGCGCGCCGGCAUGGGCAAUUCUUUCGCUCCAUUUUCCCCUUCGCUGGCGACGAUGAUGGCCGGCAACGCGACUGCAAAUGCGUGGGGUGGUCAGGGACACCAGUACAGCAGCAGCACCAGCAAAGGGUAUCCUUUCCUGCUUGACUUUGCGGUCCUGCUGCGCAUUUGGUGUGCCAUGGAACUCGAUGUGCACCACCUAAUCCUCCCCUCUCGGACUGCGAUGGCCUAUGGCGGUGGCGGCGCCCGCGUACCGCGAGCCAUGGCAAGCAUGCACCUAAGUGGCGGCGCUGGCGCGACAGCGACAGCCCCUGGUGCCUCAACCCCUGCGGCGCUUCUCCUCCCCUCCGCGGCUGCUGGUUCUCUGUCUGGGUUAACCGCAGCAGCAGCGUCGAGCCCGAUGGUGUGCACCAAUGUCGCAGCGACUGGCGCGUCUACCGCUGUUGGAGGCGGCGCUGUGUAUGGUGGAGCGACAUCCUCAACUGCUUCAGUCCCCGCGCCGGCGCAGGGGGCGACCAGCACAGGUGGAGGUGGUGCCGCCGCAACUGGCGGUGGUGUGAGCAGUGGUAUCGUGGCAAGCGGCGCUGUUGCCGGGGUCGCAGCCCUCUACCCCUUUCGCCAUCGCCCUGCCAAAUGCUUCAUGGCGGUACUCCUGCCAUUGGGUGACGUGGCUAUAUUUGGCACGCCGAUGCCGGCGCGUCGCGCGAGUAAUCGGGUGAGUUCCACCACGGCCGACAGCAGCAGCAAUGGGCCUGGAGCAACGACACCGAGACCGCUGUCCCGUCGAUUGCCGUCGUGCUUGCGACACAUCUACGAGCGGCAGCAGAGCGCCAGCUGGCAUGAAAAGAGGCACGCUGGUACGGUGGUGAGCUGCACGUCUCAGUUCGAGCUGGGCAAGGUGCUGCCGAGCUACGUGCUUCCUGCCCAUGUGCUCGGUACCGCGUACAAGUGCGAAUGGGACAAUGUGCGCUUGUUCAGCGGCAAAACUGUCGACGCGACGCUGCACGCGAACGCAAAACUGGCGAAGGCGUUGCGGCUUCCAGAUGUCUGCGAUCUCCUGCAGGUUCUCCGACGACUCGCCAAGAAUGUCGGCACACCGUCCACAGGAAUGCUGUACGUGAGCGAGGUGCUCUGGCCUGCGCUCAUGGAAACAGUGCGCGUACUGCGGGAUGAGCGACUUCCGCUCUGGGCCGGGAUGGCCGUGUGCUCGCUGCUACUCCCGAGUGUGUUGCAGCAGGUGGACAGUGGGCGACAAGUGGAGCCCGGCGGUAGCGGGGGAAGCGGCAGAGGUCACAUCCCCGUCAGCAUCCUGCGCGCAUAUACCACCGAGUCGACUGUGGGAGGCAAACCACCAGUGCAGUUGCAUCGUCGGCACUUAGCGGAGCUGAUCGAGGUGGUUAGCUUCACAGAACAAACGCUGGCUGUUGCGCGUGAGCACACGUUGCUGUGUGAAGUUCGACUCGUGCGGUUUUCUCUUCAACGCGCUCUGCUACUCUUGCAGAGAGAUGGGGCCUGCGGACACUACCGCACUGGUGCCCCAGCUGACUGGAUGGCAACAAGAGCACAGACCUACCUUGGUCAUGGUGACUCCUCGAACUCUCCUUCCGACUGUGCGGCAGCUGCCCUCAUCCCGUUAGCACCGCUCAUGGGGUCAUCGGCAGAGAUGUGCCGUCGCGUCCAUGCCCCGAUCAGCAUCUGCGCAGUAUGCGGGCUGUCGCUGCUCUGCAGCACCGUCACUCACCCAGACACCAGUGGAAGCGGCAGUGCUGCGCCGCUAACGGAGAUGCGAUGCCGCUCGCGCAUUGCUGCCUCGGCGACGAGUGACUCAGACACGCUGCACCGGGCGAAGGACGGAGAGAACGGUGGCUCGGAAGCGGUGCGUGCAGCGCUGCGGACGUGGCGGGCAGAAGGCUGCCUCAUCGUGCAAUGCGCUCGCUGCGGGCAUGGCGGGCAUGUGGAGCACAUCAGCAGCUGGUGGAACGACCCCACAGUGCGGUGUUGCCCUAAGGGGUGCGACUGCAGAUGUGUUUAUUAG